AUGUCUGAAGGAAAACAACAAUUCAAAGACAGCAAUAAACCGCACAAGGACUCCACAGAUCAGGACGAUGAUGCCGCCACAAUAGUACCACAAACUCUUACUUACUCACGCAACGAAGGUCAUUUUUUAGGCAGUAAUUUCCAUGGAGUAACUGAUGACCGUACCACUUUGUUUGAUGGUGAAGAGGGGCGUAGGGAGGAUGAUUUGUUGCCCUCAUUGCGUUCCUCCAACUCAAAAGCACACUUAAUUUCUUCACAACUUAGCCAGUGGAAUUAUAACAACAAUAGAGUACUUUUAAAAAGAUCUAUAUUAAAGACACAAGCUUUUAUGGAUCAACUUCAAGAAGAAAAUAAUAUUCGCCCGAUUUUUAUUGCUGCAAAUGAUGAACGGGAAAAAUUACAUGUUCUACAACUGAAUAUCAAGCUAGAUGGUCAGUACAAUACCAAAGAAAAGAACGGUUUCAACAUUGAGAAAAAAGCUUUAUCAAAAUUAUUUCACUCUCAGAUCGUAUCAGUGACAAAUCAUUUAAACGCUUUGAAAAAAAGAGUGGAUGACGUUUCAUCUAAAGUAUUCAUCACAGGUGAUGUAAAUACUGGUAAAUCAGCUCUUUGCAACUCUCUAUUAAAGCAGCGUUUGCUACCUGAGGAUCAGCUACCAUGUACCAAUGUAUUUUCCGAAAUACUAGAGGCUCGGGAAAAUGACGGCAUAGAGGAGGUUCAUGCCAUACCACUAAACAUUGCUCCGACUCUCAAGGAAGCCAUUGAUAUGUAUUCAAUACAAAAUCCCAAGACUUAUGAAAUACACACUUUGAAAGAACUUCCCGAUUUGGUUCCCCAAAACGGAAAAUAUGCUUUACUGAAGAUUUACAUAAAGGACGAUAAAAGGCCUGCCUCUACUAGUCUAUUAAGGAAUGGUACUGUUGAUAUUUCAUUAAUUGACUCCCCUGGGUUGAACAUGGACUCGUUACAAACCGCCGAAGUAAUGUCCCGACAAGAAGAAAUCGACUUAGUUAUAUUUGUUGUCAAUGCAGAGAACCAGCUAACACUAUCUGCCAAGGAGUUUAUUUCUUUAGCAUCUCGUGAGAAAAAAUUAAUGUUUUUUGUUGUGAAAAAAUUUGACAAAAUCAGGGACAAACAACGUUGUAAGGAGUUGAUCCUAAAGCAAAUCCGUGACCUGUCCCCAGAAACAUAUAAACGUGCAGCUGAUUUUGUCCACUUUGUUUCCAAAAACGGAGAUGAAUUGCCACAUUAUCAUAAUGAAAAUGACAAUGAAGAUCAUGGUGACCGAAAACCUGACGACGACCCAUAUUCUAGCAGCGAUCCCGAUCCGGAUUUUGACAGUCUGGAAGAUUCUCUACGCAAUUUUGUUUUGAAGAAAAGAUCACUUUCUAAAUUGUUACCUGCCAAGACUUAUCUAUCGAAAUUAUUAAGCGAUAUAAUAAUGAUCUCCAAAUCUAAUAUGAAAAUGUAUAGUGAAGAAGAAAUAAAAAUUAACGAACAACUGGAAACAUUGAGACCUGAAAUUUUGAGCGCUAGAGCAAAGUGCAAUGAUUUAACAACUUCCGUUGAUCAAAUGGCCGAGCAAACAAUUACAAUGACUUAUAACAAUACUAAAGAAGCACUUCUCAAUGCGUUGGAUGUUCCGCUACACGAAUAUCCGAAAUAUCAGGGCCUCGGUCAAAUUUAUGACUUCAUAUUUUCAACAGAAGCGUUCAUAGCAAAUCAGAUUGAUGAGUCAAUAGGAUCAAGUGAAUUAUUUGCCAAGCAAAAGACAGAUUUACUGGUAAAAAAAAUUUAUGAGAUUGGAAAAAAUGAACUUGGUGAUGAUUUCAUGUGUGAACGUGUUUUCAGAAGCGAACUAAUGUUUAGAAAAAGGAAGCAUUUGAUAGGAAAAAGGCUUAAAGUAUCUUUGUCAAUAACUGAUUUGUUUGCUCCAACUUGGAAAGGCUUUUUGUCUUACUUAAGCUGGCAGAAACCUGUCACAGCACCACUGCCGGAUAUAGAAGGACAAACUAACGAGGGUCAGAUUGGCCUAAUGAAGUAUUUGGGUUUGAAAAAUUAUCCUUUGACACAAUAUUGGUCAAGACCAUCAUUGCUCUUCACAUCAAAAAUUCCCACUCUAACGCUGUACUUUCUAGGAAGUACAAAGGUUGUGGGGAACAUUAUAUUAAACGGCAUUAAAUUAUCGUCGUGGAGCUCACUCAAGAAGUUAUCAGUUCCGGUUAUAGUGGUAGGUUCCUUGUUGGGACUUACGUAUUUAAUUCAUGACCUCCCCCGUGCCUUACCAAUGAAUCUUUCCAUUAAAUACAAAAGAAAGUUGCAAGAACUGGAUUACAUUCAUCUUAACGCUCAAAGAACCUCAAAUGAAGUACGUGAUGUUUUGCGUGUACCUACACGUGAAAUUCUAAGGUCGUGUGAAAUAAUUAUGGAUAAAAAACAAAUCACUAAGAAAGAAUUGGAAAACAAAAAAGAAAGUAACUUGUUGUCAAUCAAAUUCUUCCAAUCUCUAUACGAAGGAACCGUGGCUCAAAAAUUGAUGGUGGAAGAAAUAAAUUUAGACAUCGAUUAG